AUGAAGUAUUGCUUUUGCAGAUGUUUCGAAGAGUCAAAGAACUUGGUGAAGAUAGGCCUUGUUGACAGGAUAUUCAGAAGAGAUGCCGACGAAAAAACAAAAAGCAUGUGUCAUCUUCUUUGCCUAAAACUUACAAACAACGGAAACAUAAAAAGAAAUGGAAGAUGGGGAUUCCAACCAGUCCUAGGAAUGACUGAGUUCUUCUCAGCCCUUUUUUCGUUCAUGAACCUCAUAACAAACAUCUUCUGCUUCCAUAGAAUGCUGAAGAAACACCUUCGGGUGACAAGAUUGGGUAAGCUAUACUACAUCCAAUACUACAUAUGCAACCUGGCAUUCAUCUCCAGUACCCUCUUUCACAUUCAUGAGACCCCCUUUACAAGAAAUUGCGACUAUUUCCUAGCAUUUCUAACAAUUCUCUUCGGUUUCUAUAUGGCGCUUGUUAGAGUCAUCCUCAUGGCAAGCCCUUCCAUGGAAAGAGCCAUAAGAAAGCCACUCCAGCUUAUCUUCACUCUGUUCUAUGCAUACCAUAUUCACAGAAUGUCCAAUAUAGAAUUUGACUACGUAUACAAUAAGAUAUCCUGCACCAUCAUCAUCGCAUUCACCCUUUUGUCACAUCUGAUAACAUUCCUCAAGUACCGAAGAAUGGAACACUCCAAAAACAUCCUUCUGUUCACAUUUUUCUUCUUUCUUGCAGGAGCAAUAGAGAUCCAGGAUGUGCCUCCAUAUGCCUAUCUCAUCGACUCCCAUGCCAUUUGGCAUUUGAUCUCUUGCAUCUCAACGCCGUUCUACCUUCUCUUCUGGAGUGGAGACGUCUAUAUGCAUUGA